AUGCCGGCCGUCAAGUUCGACUGGCUAGACAAGGAUACAUGGCGCAUUCCAUUCGAGUAUAAGUUUGUUAAUGACCAGGUAAUCUCCGCCAUCUAUCUGAUGGAACCACAGGCGCCAGAGCCAUGGAAGCCCUUAAAUGAGUUCACCGAUUACGCGCUGAAGAAGCACGGCGUCCGUCGCUUCGUCCUCGUGGCUGGAAGCUCGGCCGAAUGCGGCAAGCCCGGCAUGGGCAUGGUUUGGCAGCAUUUCCUGGACAGACAGGUGGACUAUUGUGUGCUUCGGCCGAGUUGGUUUAUGGUGCUGAUGUUUGCUCGCUGGUUAGAGAAUCUAACCGAGGAGGCUCUGCGCCAACUCAUCCGUGACCAAAGCAAGAUCUGUACUGCCUGCGGGCAGGGCAAAAUCCCGUUCGUCAGCGCUACGGAUAUCGCGGCCGUCGCCUAUCGAGCUCUGACGGAUCCCGACUCACACAACUGUGACCACCGGGUGCUGGGACCCGAGCUCUUGACGUACGAUGACAUUGCCGAGAAGCUGAGCCAUGUCUUGGGACGAGCAAUCGAGCACGUCAAGCUUUCUGGAGAGGAGCGGUACCGGGGGCUGGUAAACGCGGGCGUCUCCGAGUACUAUGCGGGCUUCUUGACAAAGCUGGAGGUUGCGGCCUCGACUGGGUUUGAGACACGGGAGAAUGAUGAAGUUGAAAAAGUGACUGGGCGGCCUCCGCGGUGCUUCGAGCUCUUUGCGCAGGAGAAUUGGUCGGCGUGGGUUCCAGAGGGCAAAUGA